AUGGCGAACUACCGAGACUUGGCUUAUCAUGGCUAUUCAAUUUGGCUUUUCACUAGAAGCGACCUCAAAACCAUCAUUGGUCCUACUACAGCGUUUGGAAUUUUCAAUGGUCUAGCUGCCUCAGCCUAUGGUCUUCAUUCCCCGCAUGUGCACACAUCAACUAUCCUCAAGAGAGUUCCCAUGGUCACAUUUUGGGUCUGGAUCAAUCUUCUGCCACACGCAAUUGAUAACCAACUCUCACAAAAAGCAAUCUCUGAGGACGCUUACAACAAACCCUGGAGAACUUUGCCUUCCAAACGCAUGACGCCAAAACAAGCUAGCGCCUUACGCCUCCCUCUUUUCACUUUUGCGCUCCUUAGUAGCUGGAAUUUUGGGGGCGUACGUCAAUGUAUCGUUCUGGCCUGCCUUGCAAGGUGGUACAAUCACAUGGGUGGGGGUGACAUCAAUGCAAUAGUACGGAAUUUUAUCAACAGCGUUGGAUAUAUAUGUUUUACCUCUGGCUCCCUUGAAGCUAUCCUCGGCAAUAUUCGACUGCCUGAUCAGUCUCUUCCAUGGUUCUUGGUGUUGGGAAUGGUGGUUUUUAGUACCGUUCAAACACAGGAUUUCUCGGAUAGCAUUGGAGACAGUGUCCGAGGCAGAAAGACGUUACCAUUGCAAAUUGGAGAUCGUCGUGCAAGGAUCUUGACAGCGACUCUAAUGAUAUUCUGGUCGUGUUUCUGCACGUGGUUUUGGGGCCAUCGAGGGCUGGUCGGAGGAGUUCCUCUUGUGGUGUUAGGAUGUUACAUCGCUUACCGGCUAAUGGGAAAACGUAGUAUUGCUCAAGAUAA